GUGCACGAUGCGGUGGCCAGGUAGACGAGUAACCGAUGGUGAAACCGCCAACGUUCAUGCCACGGGCAAAGCCGCGGCCCGCUGCCAAGCGCCUUGUGGCUGCUGGUCACGAUGUUUCGUCCUGUCUGGUCAACGCAGCGGCACUGCAAGACCAUCUCGUGCGAAGCUUAAACAUUGCCAUGCCCCCCAGGGUAAAGUUGGGGAAGCCCAAAGCACCCCCCCACCAAGCAACGCCGAUUUUGUCCGCAACGAAAGCCAGUCCUCUUCCUCAACACAUGCCAUUGCCGGCGGCCGGCACCGGGUACCGCAACGUGUGGGUGUGCGAAUCUUGCACGUUUGAAAAUUCGGAAGAGAUGGACGCUCGAUGCUCGGCCUGCGGAUCGUUCAAGCCCAACAACCGCCGCCACAAGCUCACGUUGGCCCAAAAGAAGGGCUUGGUCCAAGCCCCGCCUCCAAAGCUAAGCCAGAACCAGUGGGAGGACUGCGAAGCCAAAGCCGAGGAAAGAGGAGAUACAGUUCAUCCGUGCUCCAUUUGCAGGGAACCAUUUGGCCUUGCCCCCAAAGUUAUCUUGAGCUGCACGCACAUGUUUCACCAGAAUUGCCUCGCGAGCUUCGAGCGGUUUUUGCGCACAAACCAGCGCGUGUGUCCGCUCUGUCGCAAGCAAAACUAUCAAAAGCGUCACACGAAGCAGGGUGAGCAAUCGUUUCGGAUCCAGUGUACGAUAAAGAUUCAGUCUUUCGUGCGGGGCUUCAUCGCGCGGCGUCGAUUCCCGUCGCUGUUGCGACAGUAUUUCAAGGCUGGGCUCGGAAGCCCAACUCGGCGACAAGCGUUCUAUGCGUCCAAGAUAUCCAACCUCAGCGACCGCAUUGUUUGUGCCAUCGAGGCGCGAGAAGAUUCAAUCGAUGCACUCCUCGCCUCGUUUGAUAAGUCGUUGACCCUAAGCCGACACGUGUUCCGCCCGGACCAGGGGAACGGCGCCGCCGCCGGGAACUUGAUGACCCAGGACAAGUGGAACGAUACACUGCGAAAGGCGUUAGUGCGCGAUGAGAAGGAGUGCCCCAUCUGCUACAACUCGAUCGACUGCUUCACGACCAAACCGAUCGCGUUGCUCAGCUGCAGCCACGUUUUGCAUGCCGACUGUCUCCACGCUUUCGAAACGUUCAACAUUUACGAAGUGCACUUGUGUCCAGUCUGCCGCGCUAAGUACGAGUCGCGGCCCGUCCAUCCCGACAUGACUUUUGCCGCGUGAUCGUGCCACAACAUGGUCCCGAUUCGUACCCCCCGCGCUCCCCCACGAGUUUUCCUUCAUCCUCUCGAGCACUGAGCCCGCCUUUCAUAUGAAGCAUCACUACCUGUGCAUGAAGCAGUAUUGUAGCAUGGGGUCGUUUCGCCUUCCCCCCCCAUGCAUCGUUUCUUCAAGUCAAAAAUCGCAAAAUCCAGCAAACGCACGGCGUUGCUCAC